AUGUUAGAAAUGAUGGAUUAUGUAGCUGCAAACAUAGCAUAUAAAUAUUGCUAUUCUGAUUUAGGACAAAGAUUAGUUACAAUAGUAACUGCUUGUGUAGAUAGUGUAAAUAUAUUUUCUUAGUUAUAAAAUGAUAUUGAUUUACAUUUAUAAGGCUAUGUUACUUAUGUAGGAAAAACUUCAAUUGAAAUUUAAUUAGAACUUUUUUAAAAUGACGAAUUAAAAGCAAGUGCUUAAUUCUUAAUGGUGGCCAAACCUAAUAAUGAAAUAUAAAAAUAAGACUUUUAAGUUCCUAUAUUAAAAUUUGAAGGCGAAGAUAACAUUUCAAGAUGCGAAAUGAGACAAUAUAUAGGAGUUAAAAAUACUUAAAUUCGAAAAUCUUAAAAAAAUUUAUCUUUAUAAAAUAAAGCACCUAAUUAAGAAGAAAUAUAGGGAAUUCAUGAGUUUUUUACAAAUUCAGAAACUUUUAAAUAGAAUUAGGAAUCAUAUGUAGAUUUGAAAUAAACUUAGUUAGUGAAAAAUAUACUUACACAUAAAUAAGAUAGGAAUAUUCAUGGAAAAAUAUUCGGAGGUAAUUUAAUGAGAGAAGCCUUUGAAAUCGGAUGGCUUGUUGGACUUAUUCAUAGUUAAGGAGAUUUUCCUGUUACUUAUAAUAUUGAUGACUUUUAAUUCCUUAAACCUGUACCAGUGGGUUCAGUUUUAAAUUUCGAAGCUAAAAUAGGAUAUACUUAUAAAAAUAUAAUGUAAAUUAGAGUCGAUUGUAAUAUUAUGGACUUGAAAAUGAAUAAAACUAAAACUAAUGAUUUACAUAUUACACUUAUUUCUAAUAAUAAUACGAAAUUGGUACGAGGAAAGACUUGCACCAAUAUAACCUUUUAGGGAAAAUAUAUAAUCAAAAACAAAAAUAAUCCGAAUCAAAUUCAAACACAAAGAAGUGAUAAAUAUACUCUUUUAAAUGGUAAAAAUGUUUAGCAUAUAUAAAGAGAAAGAUAAGGUCUAACAAAUGUUACUGAUUUUGGUUCUACAUUUAAAAAAUUCCCAGAAUCACAUGAAAAAUUUUAUGGAAUAACUAAUUAUUAACAUUCAUUUUCUCGUCCUUUAAAACAAACAGCAAAUGAAAUUAUAUCUGCAAGAGAAAAAAAACUUAUUAAUUUAGCAGGAACUAAUGAAAGACCUUAUAAUUAAUAAUGUUUGAAAAUGACUUCAAUUUUAACGGCAGAAAAAUAUAAAAAUGGUAUUGAUCCUAAAGAUAAUACUGCAAUUUAGAGAUCUUGGUUACCUUAUUAUGAUAAGGCUAUAUUUUUUGCGGAGAAAAAUAUAUAAUAAAAUAAUGAAAUGAAUAAAGUAAAUGGAAUAGUUCCUUUUGAUUCUUUAUAAACUUAUAAAACUAACAUAAAUUAAGUUUUAAAUCAUGAUAUUUCAACAAGUUUAAAUGUUGUUAGAUAUAAAAAAGAUGAAAAUGUAAUGUAAAAAAGAUAUAAUAUUCCUGGAGAAUUUAGACAUAUAAGACAAGACGUAACAAUGAUAAGAAAUAAAGGUUAAACAAAAAAAUGA